CUCCCCCUCCUCAUCCCCAUCUCUGAAUCUCUGAGUCCCGCUCUGCUGCUGCGCUGCUUCUUCUUCUUCUUCUUCCUCUUCUUCUUGGGACGCUUUCCUCUCUGAUCAGACGUGUUUUUCACCUGCAGCAGAGACAGAUCUGCUGAGGCUUUGCCCUGAAACUUUUUGUGUCUCUUCUUCCAGGUUCAGUUUUUGUCGGCAGCAGCAGCUCAGACUCAGACUCACAGACGCGUCAGGAUGUUCUACUUCCACUGUCCGCCUCAGCUGGACGGAGAGUGCUGUCGCUCCAACACAUUGAAUUCAAGCGGCUUUGGCAACCACGCCCCGGCUGAUUUUGAUGAUGGAUUUCUACGCAGAAAGCAGCGCAGAAACAGAACAACGUUUACUUUGCAACAGUUGGAGGCUUUGGAGGCUGUCUUCGCUCAGACUCACUACCCGGACGUGUUCACGCGAGAGGAACUGGCCAUGAAGAUCAACCUGACCGAGGCCCGCGUGCAGGUUUGGUUUCAGAAUCGCAGAGCAAAGUGGAGGAAGACGGAGCGAGGGAGCUCAGACCCUGAAGGAGGUAAAGAGCAGAUAAGUGAGGGCACUCCACCUUCUCGCAGCAUCAACUCUCAGUCCCCCGUGGACCAAAGUAGAAAACAGAAAGAACCGCUGGACAUGCAGCAGAGUAUGUCUGUUUUCCCCAGUAUCAACAGGACUGUGGGUCCUGGUGGUCCCUUCUUCCCAUCCUGCCUACCAGGGACGCUGCUAAAUUCUGCCACCUACGCCCAGGCCCUGUCACAGGUCGCCACGCUCAAAGGUAACGGCUUGUGCUCCUGCUGCGUUUCUGACCCCAUGGGUUUGUCCUUUCUGCCACCCUACGGUUGUCAGGGCAACCGUACAGCCAGCGUGGCCGCCCUGCGCAUGAAGGCUCGUGAGCACUCAGAAGCCGUGCUGCAGUCUGCCAACCUGCUCGGUGCGGCAAACGGGCCCGGUGCCAGCGUGGGAUUGCUGUCUGGGGUCGGCGUGAGCACAGCCGGGGUGUCGAGGCCCACGGUGGGUCCUUCCAUGGAGGGGCCCGGCGCCGUGGGACGAGGAGUGGACAACUCCAGCCCUGGCCCAGCUAACAAGGGCCCGGUUCUGGGCAGUGGCUCUGACAAACACCCUCAAUGCUCCAAGGAUCCACUGGAGAAAAAGUGAGGCAUUGGACAUGGACAUGGAUACUCUAAAUCUGUGUGACUGUGCCUGUUAUCACUUCUCUCUCUCUGACUGAACUCUGGUCCAAGGAGCAACUAAGCACAAGUACUGAGUGACUCCAGAAAUAGUCGUGGAAAAGACUUUGCUAAUGUUUCAGUGUGUGGAUGCAAAAAAUAAACAUUUAAUUGACGGUGAAUUAUUGCUGUUAGUGAGAAAUAUUUGAAUAUUUGGGGCCUUGUUAGCCCCAUGAAAGCACAAGUUUUGGAUCUAUAUUUGUCGUCAUGCACUAUGGAUUCUAUUUGAUGGACUAACGUAGAUGUGUGCAAAAAACAACAACAACAACCUAUUUGAUAAUGUGAAUUUAAGUAAUCCUGAUACAGUUGCUCUUGUUUUCAUUGAGAGGACAGAUGCUUACAAUGUGAAUGUUAAUGCAUGUAAACAUGUAAAGUGUAAAAACUGUUGGCAGCACAGUGAGGACUUUGCAGGCGUUUGGCAAUAUUAUAAUAUUUCUGCCACUAAGUCAGUAAUAGGCUCAAACAAUCGAAUGUUGAAUUUUUCCUUCUUCUAUUUUUUGGAUUUUAAAGUGAAAGUGCACUUUAAUAUUAAUCAGCCAUUUUCAGUGUAAAUGUGUACAUGUGCCAGAAUACAGUACGUCCGUGUGUGACUCCCCCAAGGCAGGACGAAGCAGGGACAGAGCGGUGGUGUGUCCCCCGUCCACUCUGUUAGCACAUCUGUGGCGCCAGCAGACAGGCAACACACUCGUCCUGUUGUGACAUGUUUUUUAAAACAAUUAAAGAUGUAGCUGCUCA